CAUAGCGCCGCUCUCUUUCACUCUUCCUUUCUUUUAGGGCAGUCACCUGAACGCUAACACCCUUUUCUGGUUAUUGAAUCCAAAAACCCAUAUCUCUUUUCAUCGGAAAAAAUGGUUUUCGUUAAAUCUCCAAACAACAAGACCCUCUUUCUCCACGUCAACCCCAACAUCACCACCCUUUCAGCCCUCAAAAACCACAUCCACUCCCAAUCCCAAAUUCCCAUCUCUCGCCAACUAUUUUUAUUGCCUUCAUUUAGUCCCGUUUAUAAUCCAAACGGCCUUCAAAAUUCCGAUGAAAUUCUCCUCUCCCAGCUGGGUAUCACCCCCUAUUCCACCCUGACCCUGUAUAUACCUUUCCUUGGUGGCACCCAACCUCCUGCUCCGCCUAAGCCCCGCCUUGAUUUCCUAAAUUCUAAGCCUCCCCCCAACUAUGUCGCUGGUCUUGGGCGUGGUGCCACGGGCUUCACCACCCGGUCUGAUAUUGGUCCAGCUCGUGCUGCUCCUGAUCUUCCUGACCGAUCUGCUACCACCAUUGGAGGAGCAUCGAGUGCCGCGUCUGGGAUCGGCCGUGGCCGGGGAAAAGGCGGCGAAGAAGAAGAGGAUGAUGAGGGGGAUGAUAAGGGUUACGACGAGAACCAGAAAUUCGAUGAGUUUGAAGGGAACGACGUCGGGCUGUUUGCUUCGGCGGAAUAUGACGAGGACGACAAGGAAGCAGAUGCGGUAUGGGAGGCAAUUGAUAAGAGGAUGGAUUCGCGGCGAAAGGACAGGAGGGAGGCGAGAUUGAAGCAGGAGAUCGAGAAGUACCGAGCUUCAAAUCCGAAGAUCACUGAGCAAUUCGCGGAUUUGAAGAGGAAAUUGUACACGUUAUCCGCCCAAGAAUGGGAGAGCAUACCAGACAUUGGUGAUUACUCGUUGAGAAACAAGAAGAGGAGAUUUGAGAGCUUCGUACCAGUACCCGAUACCCUUCUCGAGAAGGCGAGGCAAGAGCAGGAGCAUGUUACUGCUUUGGACCCCAAGAGCAGAGCUGCUGGUGGGACUGAAACGCCAUGGUCGCAGACUCCAGUCACUGACCUGACUGCUGUUGGUGAAGGGAGAGGCACUGUGUUGUCAUUGAAGUUAGAUAGGUUAUCCGAUUCUGUUUCAGGGCUCACUGUGGUGGAUCCUAAAGGCUAUUUGACGGAUUUGAAGAGUAUGAAGAUUACAAGUGAUGCAGAGAUUUCGGAUAUUAAGAAGGCGAGGUUGUUGUUGAAGAGUGUUACUCAGACUAACCCAAAACACCCGCCUGGUUGGAUUGCUGCUGCAAGGUUGGAAGAGGUGGCCGGGAAGAUUCAGGCAGCAAGGCAGUUGAUACAAAGGGGUGAGGAAUGUCCUACAAAUGAGGAUGUUUGGUUAGAGGCAUGUAGGCUGGCUAGCCCUGAUGAAGCCAAAGCAGUUAUAGCUAAGGGAGUGAAGAGUAUACCAAAUUCUGUUAAGUUGUGGUUGCAGGCUGCAAAACUGGAACACGAUGAUGUGAAUAAAAGUAGGGUUUUGAGGAAGGGUUUAGAGCAUAUUCCCGAUUCAGUUAGGUUGUGGAAAUCUGUUGUGGAGUUGUCUAAUGAGGAGAAUGCUAGAACAUUACUUCACAGAGCAGUGGAAUGUUGUCCUUUGCACGUCGAAUUGUGGUUGGCGUUGGCAAGAUUGGAGACAUAUGAUAAUGCGAAGAAGGUGUUGAACAGGGAGGAAAAGUUGGCCAAGGAGCCUGCUAUAUGGAUAACUGCUGCCAAGUUGGAGGAGGCAAACGGUAAUACAUCAAUGGUGGGAAAGAUUAUAGAGAGAGGUAUCAGAGCUUUACAGAGAGAAGGGUUAGUGAUUGAUAGGACAUGGAUGAAGGAGGCUGAGGCAGCGGAAAGGGCAGGCUCUGUGGUGACUUGUCAAGCAAUUAUUAAGAACACAAUUGGAAUUGGAGUGGAGGAAGAGGAUAGGAAGAGAACAUGGGUGGCAGAUGCAGAGGAAUGUAAGAAGAGGGGAUCUAUUGAGACUGCUAGAGCUAUUUAUGCUCAUGCACUAACUGUGUUUUUGACUAAGAAGAGUAUUUGGCUUAAAGCUGCACAGCUUGAGAAGAGUCAUGGGAAGGAGUCGCUUUUCGCUUUGUUGCGCAAGGCGGUUACUUAUAGGCCACAAGCUGAAGUUCUGUGGCUUAUGGGUGCUAAAGAGAAGUGGCUUGCCGGCGAUGUGCCUGCUGCAAGGGCUAUUCUUCAAGAAGCUUAUGCUGCUAUACCAAACUCUGAGGAAAUUUGGCUUGCAGCGUUUAAGCUUGAAUUUGAGAAUCAUGAACCUGAAAGAGCAAGAAUGCUGCUUGCUAAGGCUAGAGAAAGAGGUGGUACAGAAAGAGUGUGGAUGAAGUCUGCCAUUGUUGAGAGAGAGUUGGGCAAUACUGAGGAGGAGAGGAGGUUAGUGGAUGAAGGUUUGAAACGCUUCCCUUCAUUCUUCAAACUCUGGUUGAUGCUUGGGCAGCUUGAGGAACGGCUUGGUCACCUGGAAAAGGCAAAGGAAGUUUAUGAGUCAGGUUUGAAGCACUGUCCGAGUUGUAUACCCCUUUGGCUUUCUCUUGCUAAUCUUGAAGAGAAAAUGAAUGGGCUGAGUAAAGCACGUGCUGUACUUACCAUGGCAAGGAAGAAGAAUCCUCAAAACCCUGAGCUCUGGCUUGCUGCUGUCCGUGCUGAAUCAAGGCAUGGGAAUAAGAAGGAAGCUGAUAUCCUGAUGGCAAAGGCUUUGCAGGAGUGUCCUAACAGUGGCAUAUUGUGGGCAGCAUCCAUUGAGAUGGUUCCCCGUCCACAACGCAAAAGCAAGAGUAUGGAUGCCCUCAAGAAAUGUGAUCACGACCCUCAUGUUAUUUCUGCUGUGGCCAAGCUGUUCUGGCAUGAUAGGAAGGUUGAUAAAGCUAGAACGUGGCUGAACAGGGCAGUUACUCUUGCUCCAGAUGUUGGGGAUUUCUGGGCUUUAUAUUACAAAUUUGAACUUCAACAUGGGACUGAGGAAAAUCAGAAGGAUGUUUUAAAGAGGUGCAUUGCUGCAGAACCAAGGCAUGGUGAGAAAUGGCAGGCAAUUUCAAAGGCUGUGGAGAAUGCUCACCAGCAAACUGAAGCCAUUCUGAAGAAAGUUGUGGUUGCACUUGGGAAGGAAGAGAAUGCCGCUGAAAGACAUUAGUUGAUUGUAAGCUUGUAGUUGGCUGCUACUGCCCCUGUUUGGUUGCAGGAUAGAUGAUUAGUGGCUUAGCACUCUUAAUGCCAAUUAGAAAUUAUAUUUGCCAUGUACUUCAUUGUGAGUUUUCCCUAUAUAAUAUUUUACCUAUUUACUGUAUCUUCAAGGAGGCUGAAAAGGAUGUAGAAGUACUUGCAUUGAAUUUUAGAAUCGUGAUGAUAAGACUAUUCUAGGUUUGUUCUAGACUGA